AUGAAUAAUAACGUACAGCAAAAAAGUAUGGAAAAGAGAGAAGUGAAAUGUAUGCCUACUUUUGAGUCAGAAGGCGAUCAGCAUGAAGAGAUCGCCUUAAUGUUGGAAGAAGUCCAGCGUGAUGCCGAAAAUACUCCCGAACUCCAGAGAUAUAUCACCGGAAUCAAUGACAUGUAUAGAUUUUUUGAUAAUACAUAUAGGAAAAAUGUUGAAUUACUACAGAAGUGUCAAGAACAAACGGCAAAUGUAGUCCUUAACGCUUCAAAAAUCAAAGCAAUCCUAAAUGCAACAUUAAACAACAAAGAUAAUCUAGAUGAGUUAAAAGUUAAAUACGAAGAAGCUACUAAAAUCAUCAAGCAAAUUCACGAAUCUGAAGAAAAAUCGAAAUCUUAUAUCGUUACUCUUAGAGAUACAGUCACACAGCUUUCAGAGCAAGUAAAGCAUGGUGCUGCAUUCUCUUAUGGUGACGAAAAUUCUUUGGCAGAAAUUGCUGAAGAAGUUAAAAAAUUAAAACAAGAAAAGGAGCGCGAUGCGAACACAAUCAAAGAUCUUCAACGACAAAUACAAGAAACAACUAAUUCUUUCAAUGAUUUACAUUCCGAAAUCGAAAAUUUAACAAAUACAGAACAAAGUCUAAAUAAAACGCUAGCAACAAUAUAUGCUAACUUAGAAGAACUAACAAAUGUAGUUUCAUCAACUUCAGACGAAAUUUUACGAUUAAAACCAAUACAUCAGCAAUCAAAACAAGAUUUCGAAGAAGGGAAGCGAAAGAAGAUCCAAAAUACAGACACCAACACUGAUUUACGAAAUAAACGUUACGAAAUGAUAUCUACGUUAAAUGUACUUAAAGAUAAGAAUCAUGCAACUAAAGAUCGCAUUUUAACGAGAUCAAAAUUACUUAUCGAGCUUAAAAACAAAUCCAGUAUCAGAAAAGAUGAAUGUUUACACUCCAAAGAGAAAAUUGACAAAAGUAUGGACGAAAUCAAAGAUUUACAAAAUAAAUUUGCACAUAUUGUUAAUGAAACAGAGAAUACGCAAAUAGAGUAUGAUAAUGUACAAAAAGAAUCACAAGAAUUAGCCGCAAAGAAAGGAGAAGUAAAAAGACAAUCCAGACAACUUCGAUCAACAUUAAUUGAUAAAUCAUUUAAUGUUGCAAAAAGUCAAAACGACAUUUCACAAACGGAAAGAAAGAAUGUUUCCACAAUUAUGGGUAUUGAAGUAGAGCGAAAGAAUAUAUUAGAAGAGAGAUUAAAUACUCAUGAAGUUAAAGAACAAGGUAAAAAUAUAAGAACAGAAACAGUUUUCUUAAAAGAAGAUUUACAAAAAUUAAAAGAAUCAAUUUUGUUGUUAUUUGACGAAGUUGAUCAACAAAGAAGCUUAACAAUGCAGUUCCAAGCAAAAGCACAGAUGUCGUUAGAUGCGAAUAAUCAAAUCUUGUUACAAAGUAGAGCUCAUCAAGAAGAACUUGAUGAAUACAAUGAAAAACAAAGUCAUCAAAAUGAUUUAAGUGACCAAUUAAGAAAAGAAAGAAAUGAUUUGAAAAGAAAAUUAGUUUCUGUUACUGAAGAAAAUGAAAAUUUAAUUGAACAAAUUAAAAUAUUAGAUAAUGAAAUAACACAAAAUAAAUCUGAUGCUAAAGUUUUUGUUAAUAAUACAAUUAAUGAUCAUUUACAAUGUAGAUUGACAAAUUCAACAAAUGAUGAUAUCGAGAAAACAAAUGAAAGAUUAAGAAAUGAUACAUUAUCAAUGGAACGUGUCAUUUCUCGUCUUCAAACUCAAAGACAAACUUUGGAUUUCAUAUUAACAGAAUCAGAACAUGACAGACUUCAAAUUAAAAAAGAAACAGCAACAACAAUAGGAAACAUCGAAUUGUCAAGAAAAGCAAUUCACGAACGUGAUGUAAAGAUUGAAGAAAUUCGAUCAGAUAUUCUUACAAUUGAAAGACAUAUUAAUAAAUCAAGAGAAGUUUAUGUUUCUAAAUUACAACAACUUGUUGAUUUUCGAAAUGAACUUGAUAGUCUUGAUAAUAGAACACAAACUCUUGAAGAAAGAAGAGAUAAAGUUAAACAAAGAAAAUACGAACUCAAACAGAUCCAAACUGAUUUGCUUCUCGAAAGACAAAAAUAUUCAGCACUUCUCCAUGAAUUUUCUGUUCCAAGAAAUGUUCAUCGCUGGGAAGUAAUUUCUGCUGUUGAUCCACAAUAUGCAUCAAAUCUGAGAUAUAGAGCAGAAGUUACAGGAAAGAUUGAUCGUGCACAUAAUAUGUUGAUUGAACUAACUAAAGAGAAAGAAACAUUGCAAAAAUCUUUGGCUGAAAUGAAGAAGAAACUUUCAGAAAGUUUGUCAAAAAGUGAAGUUUUGAAUCGAAUUGAAAUUUACAAAAAAGAUAUUGAGAUGAAAGACGAACAGAUGAAAACUAUGCGAGAACAAAUUGGUGGAAACCAGACAGAGAUGUAUAGAUCUAUUUCAUCAAUCGAUCAACUUCGUGGUAAAGUUACUGAAAAAAGAGGAGCUACAGCUGUCAUCAGAUCUCGUUCGAAUAUUGUUUCUAUGAAGAUGAACCAGAUUCAACAGCAACAAAAUCAACAAGUUAGUGAUGGAUGGUUCAUCACACAAGGAAAUGCACUGACCCCGACACUUGGUGGUGGCUGGGUUUCUAAUGUCGAACCUCAGAAAGAAACAAGGGAUAUUGAUAGUACAUCUGAUUUGACAGUUAAAAUUGAACAACCACAAUCAUAUAGAACUAAAAAGACAUCCAUGAUGGUUCCUUCUAUGCGACUUACUAAACCCAAGACGCCACAUGUUAAAUUGAUUACACCACUGAAUAAAUAUUAA